AUGUCCUGCCCACCGCAAGGGUCUCAGCCUGAGGAUCCAGACUCCAGUGACUACGGAUCUGACUUCACGCCCGACGUAGAGGACUUGCUGAACGAGCUGCUCUCGAAAGCCGUCGCGGAACACGCGACCGUCGCCACUCUUACUUCCACACCGAAUCCUACCGUCCCCUUGAUCGAGGACGCACUUGCAGUCUCUACACCUGACCCCACUGAUAUCGAACCUCCACAACCGGCUAUCCUCGCGGCGCUCGUCGCGGACAUUGAAGAUGGCGUUGAGGAUCCCCGCGGCGUCCGAGUGCCUAAAGUGCUGGGCUGGGAAUCGUCUCGUUCGCCAUGGAAUCAGUCAAAUCAGCGAACGUGGACUAGGUCCACGUCCAAUGUUAUGGCGGGGAGAUCAAGUCAGGAUGCAAUCAACAGGAAUAGUCCGUCUGGUAUGAGUCGUUUAGUGGAGCAUCCCAGUUCAAAGGAAGGUAGAGAACGAGAACGAGAGCGCAUGGCAAUGCGCGAGCGCGAAUGGACACAACAUGAGCAGGCGGAUGCUACGGUAGAUCCUCGAUCACCUGUAGAACGCUUCCGACGACCGCCUCAUAAGGCCUUUUCCGUGACGGAUCUCGUCUCGCCUGCAUGGUGUGAAUUACAAUAUUGGUAUACCUUGACCAAGCAUGGCAGGAAGAGGAGGACUUCUGCUAUGAAGAAGGGGAGUGUCGUGCACAAGACUCUUGAGGACGAGAUAUACACGACUGUUCCUGUGGACAUUACUACCAGGGAGGAUGCUUGGGCGCUGAGGAUAUGGAAUGUGAUCCAGGGAUUGCGCAUGCUACGUGAGUUUGGCGUCACCCGCGAGCUGGAGAUUUGGGGCUUGGUUGAUGGAGAGUUGGUCAAUGGGGUUAUUGAUCAGCUGUCUUAUGAAUGCCCCGAUUCAGAGCUUGAGGCUACAGCGUCUAGCCACUAUUCAAAAGCGGCAACAUCGCGGGCUGCCUUGCCGGAGUAUCAGAUGUCCCUAUCUGACUUCUUGUUGUCUUCCUCACAGGGUGGAAAAAGACUCUCGGACCUAGGCCAAGAAGAGCCCAUGGUAGACGCACCGGUUGAAGAAAACUCGCCGACCGUCUAUAAUUUGCCGAGAAUCUAUAUGACCGACGUCAAGACUAAAGCGAGUGGCUCGGUUCCCACGGUUAAGAGCACGUCUUUCCGUCCCACUCUUCUCCAAUUACAACUCUAUUAUCACAUGCUUAAUCGCCUUAUCACGAGCGACGAUGUUACGAUGGACUUGCUUGCGGCACGCUAUGAUCUGGAUCCAGAACGGCAUUUUACUGAAGCUUUUAUCUCUGAAGUCGGCGAACUGAAUGACGAAUUCUUCGACACAAUGUCUUCCCAGGAAUUUGACAUUGAUAGCCCACCUACCCCAGAAGAUGCAAGAAUGGUUUCUCAAGGCUCCGAGAGUGGCUCAAAUCUUCCAAAAUCUAGCCAGGGUUCAACUAGCAUUCUUUCGACUCAUGGCACUUUGUCCAGUCUAUGGGGCUACAUGAAAGACCAAAUCCGCCUCACUUUUCUUCCAUCGAUCCCAACAACGGAACCUGUGGCCCCUUCUAUCCCUUCACAUACCCAGCCAGAAUUACUCGCAGAAUACCCCACACUCCUAUCACCAGUUCUAACGGCUCGGUAUCUGUCCUCGGCUCCCACUGCCGAUCUCGAGCGUCGAGUUCUGGGCAGCAGGUCCUUCCUCUAUGAUCCUGCAACCAUGACAUCCUAUAUCGAUGAUCAGAUGGAGUGGUGGCGUGGCUCGCGUGACCCUCGCGGCGUCAACAUCAUGGAUGCAUGGAAAUGUCGCAUCUGCGAGUUUCGUGACGAAUGCUCCUGGCGCCAAGAACGGGAGUUGGACUACGCAAGACGCAACAGCAGACGAGCUUCUGCCUUUGCUGCCUGA